AUGUUGCAGACCCCACCCCCGUUGCGGGACACCACCACCGUUGCAGACACCACCCCCAUUGCAGACACCCCAACGUUGCGACACCAAAACCGUUGCAAAAAACCCCCCGUUCAGACACCACCACCGUUGCAGACACCACCACCUUUUAAUACCCCCAACUUCAGAACCACCACCAUUCGACCACCCCCGUUGCAAAACCCCACAACCGUUGCAGAACCAAACCGUUGCAGACACCACAACCGUUGCAGACCUACCACCGUUGCAGACCCCACAAACUUUGGGAACACCACCACCGUUGCAGACACCACAACGUUCGACAACCCCACCGUUCAGAAACCAAACCGUUGUAACACCACCAAGUUGCGACACUACACCCACACCCCCACUGUUCAGACACCAAACCCGUUGCAGACCCCAAACCCCCGUUGCAGACCCCAAAAACCCGUUGAGACACCCCCACUUUGCGACACCACCACCGUUGCAGCCCAAACCCCCAUUGCGACACCCCCAAAAUUUGCAGACACCACAAAGUUGCAACACCACCACCGUUGCAACACCACACCCGUUGUAGACACCAACUUUAAGACACCACCACCGUUCAGACACCACCACCGUUGCGCACAACCACCAUUGCAGACCCCACCAACGUUGCGACACCACAACCUUUGCGACACCACCACCGUUGAACACUAA